UUGGGUGAAGAGACAAAUGAGUUAUCAUCAGAACGACCAGUCAUUACGAUGCGAUUAAAUGACAUCGAAGUGAAUGAUUAUCAGUGGCAUCGACUAACAUUAUUUCAGGUCAGUUUCGGCUUUUCACCUUCAGUAUCUACCGUAUGCCUUUCUCUUGAUGCCCUGUAA